UCCAACAGGAUAUCUUACGUUAAUUCUGGACCACGCUGCGCAAGCGCAAAAAUAUCCAUGUGGUUGUUGAAUUGGAAAUUGAACCCUUAAUUCUUUCAGUUAAUUAAAGUAUAUCGAAAAACGUGUUACAAGUGCAACCCCACGGUUAUGGCGAUUUGUUGUGUGUUAAUUAGCUAGCGUAUUUAGAGAGUCAAAAGUAAUAAAUUAUAUUCUCUAAUUUCAGUGACAAUUAGAUACGUCAACUACUAACAGCUAAAACUAGCUAGCAAGCAAUACUAUCAUCCCAUCCAUCAGUCCAACAAUCAGCAAGAGGAGCCUUUGAGUGCUUUCAGGUCAACCAGGGGUUGGGAAAAACUGUAUUGUCCAGCUCCAGCCCCUCAGUAAUGGCUCCUCCUGCCACUGCCGCUUCCCCCAGCUUUCUGAACAGAGACACCCCCCAUUCCAGGCAGGGCAGCACUCGACAGCCCCACGGAAGAGGAGACGGUCACAGCCGCCGCAGCCUGCUCCGCUUCAGUGUUAUGCUGAUGACUGUAAGGCGCAUGGCUACAAGCCACACCAGGCUGGUCAGACGCCUACUGCCCUUCCUGUCCUCCAUGUGCUCCAGCCUAGAACGCAUUGCUGUGGCGGCGGAGGGGUAUGCCACUGUCAGUGCGCCAUCCUCCGACACAAACGCUCCCUCUGUUGGGCCUUCCUCCAGUCGUUCUGCCUCCCCCACCCAAGCCACAGCCAGCAGUGUGCCCUCUAACACAGCCAAUUCACCCAGACCGCUCGCCGUCACACCCACCUCCCACUUCCGCAGCCGUACUCGCGCAGGAGGCGGCCGUCGAUUCUACGUCCGUAACCGAAUCAACCGCAGAUUGGGUCUGUCUCGUAUCUUUGAGAGCCAUCUGUCCCGACGAGGCUCUUUUCGUGAAAGGGCCAGGUGAGAGCCCUGAUGAGUGAGGGACUCUGUUUGGGCUGCUGUCUCCUUUUUUCUCUGUUUGCCCAGUUUGUUUUUGGUGACCAGUUCCUUGUUUUAUUAAAUGGCACCUCUGAAUGUACACCGUAUUACUUGUUGAUCCACUAGUGUUGCUGGUUGCACAUACUGUAUUGUCCGAGGCCAGCAAUGUUUAUGUUCAGAAAUGUUCAGUACCAUUACAGUACAUUGACUCUUUGUGUUUGCUUCCGUUCACAGUACAUUUGGUUUGCUUCCAUUCCUUUUCCAGUUUAUAUUGGAGUUAAUGGGGUUUAUAUUAAAGCACUAUUUCCAGUUGCCUUGAUAAUAAUUGCCUGCUUUAAUAUCGGUAGUUUUUGGUUGUGAUUCAAUGUUGUGACGCUGGUUCUUUAUAAAUUAUAUUAGUGCUGUUCAAGCCAUGCCCUGUCCCAGUAACGGUAUUUAAUGCCACACUACAACAUUCCUUCAUCUCAGCCAGACUGAUUUCUGUCAUGUAGAAAACACUCAGUCUGGUGCCCACCCACCAACUAUCAUAAUCAUAAACUUGGCUAAUAGGCCACGUCAGCCUGUUUUCUGAGCAAUAACAUUGCAAGAUUGAGGUGAAGGACAAGGGGAAGCCUUUAUGUUGUGUUCAUUUUCUAUAAUGUUUUUUUUAUAUGUACCUCAGUCAAUGUCAAAAUGGACCUCAACCCCAACAAUUGUAGUGAAUUUGUAGAAGUGUUGUAGAGAGUACAUUCAGAUGGUAAACAUCAGGUGUAUUGCUCUUUUCUUGCCACUAGAUGGAGAUAGUUCAGUUUCUUUUAUGGCUCAACAGAGAUAAUGUAACUUGAUUGGCCCUAGGUUUCAUACUUCAAAAAAUCUGCAGACCGCAAUGUCACUGUCUUUUUUAUUGGGUUUUUGUUGAACAGUGAAUGUUUAAUUUUCGAGGCUGUGUAUUGGUAAUAUAUUAUGUAUGCUCCUCCAUAUGCUACAUUAUGCUCUUCUACAAGGUACAGCUCAAAAACCAACUAUUGCGAGUGACCAAGACAGAGGGCAAGAUCGAGACUUCCUUUCUCUAGCCAGGAUGUUUUUGAAGAGGAAAGUCAAUUGGACCCAACACAUGGGCUGAAAACCAUUCCAAUCGAUGUAAUCAAGAAAGUGUUAGGUGACUAUAAGCAAGCUGAGCAGAUAUAUAAAUUAGUCUUACUCUCUGCAUUAAAACCGCUAAACAGCAGGGAAGAUGGCAACUGUGGCUGCCAGGAUGUUUUUGAAGAGGAAAGUCAAUUGGACCCAACACAUGGGCUGAAAACCAUUCCAAUCGAUGUAAUCAAGAAAGUGUUAGGUGACUAUAAGCAAGCUGAGCAGAUAUAUAAAUUAGUCUUACUCUCUGCAUUAAAACCGCUAAACAGCAGGGAAGAUGGCAACUGUGGCUGCCAGGAAAGAAUUUACACAGGGAUGUAAACAAAGACAAGUUACAUGUCUAUAUAUGUAAGUAAUAGAACACUAUUUAGUUUUACAAAGCAGAGUUCCUGAAUUAGGUAAAAUUGUCCAAGAUGUUAUUUUUAACUAAGUGUAAUGUCAAAUAUUCAUAGACAAGGCCAUAGGCUGGUCAUGAGGUCAAACAUUUAGAUUUAACCUUA